CAGAAAAAAAGAAAGCGAAAUUAGGAAAAAGGAGAAGUUGAGGUUGAAUAGAUUUUGAGAGUUGUCCAUGGCCGAAGACGGACGAAACGGGGCGGAGCAACCGGGAUCCGACCCGAACCCGUGCCCGAUCUGUCUUGCAACAGUUACUGAAAAGUCCUACUUGGAUCAAUGUUUCCACAAAUUUUGCUACGGUUGCAUUCUGCGUUGGAUAAAGGUGGUUACGAGCAAGCACUCUCAUGCACCUGCUUCAGUAAAGUGUCCUUUAUGUAAGACAGAGAACUUUUCUAUUGUACGGAGCUACAGUGAAGGGGUUUUUCAACAACAUUAUGUUAAUGAAAACUUGGACAAUAGUGCGUUCUUCACAAAAGCUCACAAGUAUAGAUUGCAGUGCUACUAUACUGAUGAAGGGGGCUUAUUUGAUAAAUUCAAUGUGCCACGUUUUUGGAGGUUGCACAAGUAUCUGCAGCCUAAUCCUUGGCUUAUAAGUUGGUUGAGAAGAGAAAUCCAGGCUUUGACUCAGAGUCAGGUUGAAGUCACUGGGAUAAUCUCUCAUCUAGAGGAGGAAGAUGUAGAUAUUAUUGUACAUCAUAUACUUGGUGUGAUUGAUUCGUUUAGAAGAAAUGAGCAAAAGCAAAUAAAAGUUACUCAAGCAAAGCAAGAAGAAUUCAAGAUCAUGGUAUCUGAAGCAGCAAGGCCUUUCCUGACAGGUCGUACUGAUAGAUUCGUGAACGAGUUAGAACUGUUUCUAGCUUCAUCUUUGACUAUUGAUGCUUUUGAUAGCGUCUAUAUCCAACAUUUGGGUUGGAAAGUUCCUGAAAUGGUCGGGGAGGGUGAGGUAGGAGAACCAGUUGAACAUGCCCCUUUGGUUCCCCAUUUGUACUUCUUUGAUGAGGACUGCGAUGAAAAUGAAUAGAUUUUUUGUCAUUAAACCUUGAGUUCACUUCGCUUGACAGAUUUUAGCUGGUGCAGGCGCAGUUUGUCAACCAUGGAUUCUAUGUUUGCUAUUUCUCACAUCCAUGGUUUCAAACUAUCGCAGACCUGCCUUGUCCCUGUUAGGCUAGUUACAACACUCGCAAAUUUAAUGUCUGAGGUUAGCUUGCUUAAAUCUGUUGCGCUGUACUAAAAGUGUGAGCACCAAAUCUUGCCUCUUAACAGGUAAUUAUCAAUUUUUAUCUGGAGUUCUAGGCAUGUACAGCUCAUAUGUU